AUGGUGGUUCGAUACUUCCAUUGCUUUCAUUUCAUUCUUCUUCUCCGCCGCACCCUACUAGACCACAGUCCUCUCUCUCCGUCUCUGCCUCUCAGCCGCACGGCCCACACCCCACAGUCAGAGGCUUCGCCGCCGCCGCUACCCACAACCUCCCUCUCCGUCUCUACCUCUCAGCCGCACGGCCCACACCCCACAGUCAUAAGCUUUGCCGUCGCCGCUACCCACAACCUCCCUCUCCGUCUCUGCCUCUCAGGCGCACGGCCCGCACCCCACAGCCAGAGGCUUUGCCGCCGCUACCCACAGCCGCAACAACAAAACACAGCCAGAGGCUUGGCAACCCAUGCCGCUACCCACAAUUUACCAAAAGAUGCUGCCAUUGCUUUUAGUAAGAAACGGCAAAAGUUGAUUCAGACACCCAGAAACUUGGUGGAUGAAGUUUGGAUUAGCCGCCCACCACUUGAACUGAAUCCUGUUGCUGUGCAUCCUCCACAAUUUUCUGGUCGUUCAGUUGCAGACAAGUUAAAAGAUUUGAGAGAGAACCUUGUGCAGGAAAAAGUUCGUGGUAUACUGAUAACAACUCUUGAUGAGGUGACGAAGGAGAAGGUGAUGGAAGCAAUCGAAAGACACAUUCUUGGGGAGGCAGUCUUGAUGGCCAAUUUCUGAACGAACGAUUCAGAAAUUUGUACAAUCAGGAAAUGUAAAACUAGAAAGAAGAUGUGACCUUUCAAUAAAGUUUUUUUUUACUUUGCAUAUAGCUUAAAUUUAAGGUAAAUAUGGUUGUUUUCUUGCCUAGUCUUUAAUUAUUAGUUUGUGUUAUAUGGAUGUUAUGGUCUUAUAUGUUGUCUCGGAUGAAAUGUGGUUAGAGUUUGUGUAGUCUUGAAUAAGAUUGGCAUUGGUUGCCAAUCCUAGUAAUUUUUGUUGA